AACUGACGCAGAUCCUCCUACUUCUGCCUCCCCCACUGCUGGGAUUAAAGGUGUGCCCCUCCACACCCGGCUUCCGUUUAUUUAUUUAUUUAUUAGGCGGCUCCCUAUCACUGUCAGCCUUUCGUCAUCCCAGACUCACAUUCUACACAAGCUAUAAAACACUAUUCAUCCAGAAGCAGGUUGCUUUCGGGAAUGUUAAGAGCGGGCCUAAAUGACCCCCCUCGGGAGCCGUAGCCGCAGGCCCCACCCUUCAGUUCGCGCUCUUCCCGCUGCGCAUGUCAGGUGUGCGUCCCCUCCCCCAGUCAGCAACGGGCCGUGAGGCGGCGGCGAAGGGGGCGGAGAAGAAGGGACGCUGCUGCUGCUGCUGCUGCCGCUGCUCGACGCGACCCCAGACCGCGUUUAUUUCGGGGCCGUGAAGUUCUUUCCGUGCCGAGGCUCGUCGCCGCUGCCUCGACAGCCAUAGCAGCAGAUCAGUAUUGUCAUCAUGAACUGGAAUAAAGGUGGCCCUGGCACUAAGCGGGGAUUUGGCUUUGGAGGUUUUGCCAUCAGUGCUGGGAAAAAGGAAGAACCCAAACUCCCACAGCAGUCCCAUAGUGCCUUUGGGGCAACCAGCUCUUCUUCUGGAUUCGGAAAGUCAGCUCCACCACAGCUUCCUUCUUUCUACAAAAUUGGAUCUAAACGGGCCAACUUUGAUGAAGAGAAUGCUUAUUUUGAAGAUGAAGAAGAAGACUCCAGCAAUGUUGAUUUACCUUAUAUUCCUGCUGAAAACUCGCCUACCCGCCAGCAAUUUCAUUCUAAGCCAACAGAUUCUGACAGUGAUGAUGAUCCCUUGGAGGCAUUCAUGGCUGAAGUGGAGGAUCAGGCGGCCAGAGACAUGAAGAGGCUUGAAGAAAAGGACAAGGAAAGAAAAAAUGUAAAGGGUAUUCGAGAUGACAUUGAAGAGGAAGAUGAUCAAGAAGCUUAUUUUCGAUACAUGGCAGAAAACCCAACUGCUGGUGUGGUUCAGGAAGAGGAGGAAGAUAAUCUGGAAUAUGAUAGUGAUGGAAAUCCAAUUGCACCUUCCAAAAAAAUUAUUGAUCCUCUUCCUCCCAUUGACCAUUCAGAGAUUGACUACCCACCAUUUGAAAAAAACUUUUACAAUGAGCAUGAGGAGAUAACCAACCUCACUCCACAGCAGUUAAUAGACCUACGGCAUAAGCUCAAUCUUCGGGUCUCUGGUGCUGCACCUCCUAGACCAGGAAGUAGUUUUGCUCAUUUUGGAUUUGAUGAACAACUUAUGCACCAGAUUAGAAAAUCUGAGUACACACAACCCACUCCAAUACAGUGCCAGGGUGUGCCUGUAGCAUUAAGUGGUAGAGACAUGAUUGGUAUAGCCAAAACAGGCAGUGGGAAGACUGCAGCCUUUAUCUGGCCCAUGCUAAUUCACAUAAUGGAUCAGAAGGAAUUGGAGCCUGGUGAUGGGCCAAUUGCAGUGAUUGUGUGUCCUACUAGGGAGCUUUGUCAGCAGAUCCAUGCAGAAUGUAAGCGGUUUGGGAAAGCAUAUAAUCUUCGAUCAGUGGCUGUGUAUGGAGGAGGGAGCAUGUGGGAGCAGGCCAAAGCCCUUCAGGAAGGGGCAGAAAUUGUUGUGUGUACCCCAGGUCGACUGAUUGAUCAUGUAAAGAAGAAAGCUACGAAUCUUCAAAGAGUCUCUUACCUUGUGUUUGAUGAAGCAGAUCGAAUGUUUGACAUGGGAUUUGAGUACCAGGUGCGAUCGAUAGCUAGUCAUGUCCGUCCUGAUAGACAGACUCUUUUAUUCAGUGCAACUUUUCGGAAAAAGAUUGAAAAGUUGGCCAGAGACAUCCUCAUUGAUCCUAUUCGAGUGGUGCAGGGAGAUAUUGGAGAGGCAAAUGAAGAUGUGACACAGAUAGUGGAGAUACUCCAUUCUGGACCUAGUAAAUGGAACUGGCUUACCCGGCGUCUGGUAGAGUUUACCUCUUCAGGGAGUGUCCUCUUGUUUGUUACAAAAAAAGCCAAUGCUGAAGAGUUAGCCAAUAACCUUAAGCAGGAGGGCCAUACCCUUGGCCUGCUUCAUGGAGACAUGGAUCAAAGUGAGAGAAACAAGGUCAUUUCAGAUUUUAAGAAAAAGGACAUCCCAGUCCUGGUUGCCACUGAUGUUGCAGCCCGUGGUCUGGAUAUUCCUUCAAUUAAGACAGUCAUUAACUAUGACGUGGCACGAGACAUUGAUACCCAUACUCAUAGGAUUGGCCGCACAGGAAGAGCGGGUGAAAAGGGUGUGGCCUAUACCUUACUGACCCCAAAGGACAGCAAUUUUGCUGGUGAUCUUGUUCGCAACUUGGAAGGAGCCAACCAACAUGUUUCCAAGGAACUCUUGGAUCUAGCAAUGCAGAAUGCUUGGUUUCGGAAAUCCCGCUUCAAAGGAGGGAAAGGCAAAAAGCUGAACAUUGGUGGAGGUGGUCUGGGCUAUAGGGAACGGCCUGGCCUUGGUUCUGAGAAUGCGGACCGAGGAAAUAACAACAAUGUAAUGAGCAAUUAUGAAGCUUAUAAGCCCUCCACAGGAGCCAUGGGAGAUCGACUGACGGCAAUGAAAGCAGCUUUUCAGUCACAGUACAAGAGUCACUUUGUUGCAGCCAGCUUAAGUAAUCAGAAGGCUGGAAGCUCUGCUGCUGGAGCAAGUGGAUGGACUAGUGCAGGGAGCUUAAAUUCUGUUCCAACUAAUUCAGCACAGCAGGGCCACAGCAGUCCUGACAGCCCUGCCACCAGUGCUGCCAAGAACAUCAGCAGCGCCCCUGUGACCUACCCUUCUGUUGGAGCCCAGGGAGUCAACAACACAGCUUCUGGGAAUAACGGCCGAGAAGGGAUUGGGGGUGGUAAUGGGAAAAGAGAGAGGUAUGCUGAGAACCGAGGUGGUGGCCGUCAUAGUCACGGAGAAAGUGGAAAUCGGCAUGGUGACAGUCCACGUCAUGGAGAUGGUGGCCGCCAUGGAGAUGGAUACCGUUACCCAGAGAGCAGCAGUAGCCGUCAUACUGAUGGCCAUAGGCAUGGAGAGACCAGGCAUGGAGGAAGCACGGGACGGCAUGGGGAAAGCCGGGGUGCAAGUGAUGGCCGGAAUGGAGAAAGCAGGAAAGAAGGCUGUAAUCGUGAAAGCAAGAUGGACCCCAAGGUGGACAGCAACAAGAUGGACAACAAGACAGAUAAAACACCUGAUGGUUUUGCUGUCCCAGAGCCACCCAAACGCAAGAAAAGCCGAUGGGACAGUUAGAGGGUAUGUGAAAGUCAGCGUGAAAUCAGUUGUCUUUAAUUUUAUUUUUUAGAAAGAUUUUGGAAACUAGGUGUCUCAGGGCUGGGUUGGGGUCCAAGAUAUAAGGACCCCCUGCCCUUAGUGGAGAACUGGAGCAUGAAGACAUGUCUUCAUCUGAAUAAUUGUUCAGAGCUUUCUUGGGAAGCUGCUUUGGUCCUGGCAAGCAGUGAGCUGGGAAGCUUUUAUUGGCUCUGGGUGAGUUUGAUGGGGGUAGGUGAAAGAUACUUGGGGAGAAGGGGCCUUACAGGGCACAAAACUCACUCUAGGUUUAUAAUAGCUUAUAUUUUUUACUAAAAUGUCACCUUACAAACAUCUAUAAAUUGUUUUUCUUCGCUGUGUGGCCAGGCAGUACAUCUUUCGGAGCUGGCUUGUGCAAACCCAACCCGCUGAUCUGUAAGGGAUGCUUGGGAAGCAAUUUGGUGCUUUCAGAUGUUUGCAGGAGAUAACCUGAUGGUCAGGUUCCCCAGCUGGUUUUGUAGCUAGCCCUGAGACAUGACAGAGUGGCUGCCCUCCAGACUCAGGCUUUGAGAUUCCCAGAACCACCACAAUUGAAGGGAAAUGAUGUUCUGAAGCAUUGCUAAAUUUAACAUUAAGAAAUUAAAACCAACCAACAAUAGCUUUUAAGUGUCUUCUAUUUCAUUGUAUUUUUUUUUAACUUGCCCCAAUGGUAGAAGUCUUUUGCUGAAUAAUUUUUGUUUUAUCUUGUUUAUAAAAGGAAAAUACACAAACUUUGAAUUUUGUGACUUUGUGAAGAUUUCUUUUAAAGAUGUGCAUUCCUCUGCUUGCUGUCUAGUAAAUGUUUUACUACUGGGA